AUGUCGUCUGCCUCCUUGCCCAUCGCGGUCGACCCGGUGGCUCUUGUGACUACAGAAUGUAUCACCGUCACCUCUUCUAUGCGCAAACAUGCCCGUUGGGCUCACUCGUCCGUCUCCGCCAUCCUCGGCGGCGGGAACGGUGCCUCCAGAGUCUACGAUCGUGAUACUUCGGCGCCUCCCAGUCCGCGAAAUGGCCCCGUCUCUUCCAAGUCGUCCAAGUCCCGACUGCUUGCCGUCGAUGACGACCAUGCUCUCGCCAAUCGUUGGGGUUUGCGAGGGAAGAAGGGAAAGAGCAUGCAGGACAACCCCCUAAUCUCCGCUUUCACACGCCUACGUAGCGAUCUCAAGGGUUGCAAAGAUAUCACGACCUUUGAUACGCCUGCCCUGCUUCAUCCCUUUCUCCAGGUUGUGCGCUCCUCCUCCACCUCGGCCACCAUCACUUCCCUUGCCCUAGUCGCCAUCACCAAGUUCUUUUCCUAUAAUAUCAUCAAUCGCGAUUCCCCACGCCUCUCUAUGGCCAUGCAGCUCCUGUCCGCCGCUAUCACCCAUUGUCGAUUCGAAGCCAGUGACUCUUCCGCUGAUGAGAUUGUUCUCUUGAGAAUUUUGAAAUUAAUGGAGGGGAUGCUGUCUCGGCCAGAGGGCGAUCUCCUCGGGGACGAGAGUGUCUGUGAAAUGAUGGAAACGGGUCUCAGCAUGUGCUGUCAGGUUCGUCUGUCAGAGGUUCUGCGGAGGUCCGCCGAGAUGGCCAUGGUCAAGAUGUGUCAAGUUAUCUUUAUGCGAUUGUCCCAUUUGGAAGUUACGCCGCCUACCGAGUCCGAGUCGUCCAACGAGAAGAAAGAAAGCGUACCGUCUGACUUGAGGAUGGACCCGUCUGUCAAUGGAACUACAGUGACCUCACAACAUCAGUCCGCCAUGGGCUCCGACACAGCGGUCCCAGAGAGCGAGCGCGGGAGUCGGGAUGAGACACCUGAAUCAACAGUCAAUGGCACCGCCGUUGCCGCUCCCCCAAAUCCCCAGGACGACCUCGGCGAAGAGGUCACACCGUAUGCUUUACCCUCCAUCCGAGAACUCUUUCGGGUUCUCAUCGACCUGUUGGAUCCCCACAACCGCCAACACACUGACACCAUGAGAGUUAUGGCGUUAAGAAUCAUUGAUGUUGCUCUGGAAGUCGCUGGUCCGUCCAUUGCUAAACACCCCAGUUUGGCUAUCCUGGCCAAGGAUGAUCUAUGUCGACAUCUCUUCCAGCUAGUCCGCUCGGAAAACAUAGCGAUCUUGACCGGGUCUUUGAGAGUAACGGGAACACUGUUGAUGACUUGCCGCCCUAUCCUCAAGCUUCAGCAGGAGCUCUAUCUGUCGUAUUUGGUCGCUUGCCUCCAUCCUCGGGUAGAAAUACCAAGAGAGCGUGGUAUCGAUCCGGCCCUUUACGAUGGAGUGCCCCAGGCGCCGAAAUUGGUCAAGCCCCCUCCAUCGCAAACCAGCAGUGGACGAUCUACCCCAGUUCCUGUCAAGGAUCGCCAAAAGCUUGGUCUGGAGGGGGGUUCUCGGAAACCAGAAACUCGGGAAGCGAUGGUAGAAAGCAUCGGCGUGCUGGCGCGUAUCCCAAGUUUUAUGCUUGAGCUCUUCAUCAACUACGACUGCGAGGCUGACAGAUCUGACCUGUGCGAGGACAUGGUCGGUCUACUAUCCCGCAACGCAUUCCCGGACUCGGCGACAUGGAGCACAACAAACGUUCCCCCGUUGUGUUUGGAUGCCCUUUUGUCCUACAUUCAAUCCAUCUAUGAUAGACUUGAUGAUGAGCCAAGCCUUGAAGGAUUUCCUUCCCGCGAGGAUCUGAGAAACCAACGCAGAACCAAGAAAAUCAUCGUUCAUGGCGCCCAAAAGUUCAAUGAGAACCCCAAGUCGGGCAUUGCGUAUCUCACCUCGCAAGGCAUUAUUGAAAACCCAGACGACCCUGCCGUGGUUGCCCGCUUUUUGAAAGGGACAACCCGGUUAUCCAAGAAGGUCCUCGGAGAAUAUCUCUCCAAGAAAUCCAAUGAGCACCUUUUGGAUGCGUUUGUCGAUCUUUUCGACUUCUCGGGCAAGAAUGUCAUCGACGCCUUGAGAGACCUCCUUGGUUCUUUCCGCUUGCCCGGAGAGUCGGCUCUAAUUGAAAGAAUUGUAACGACAUUUUCCACACAAUAUGUUGAUAAAGCACAGCCAGAGGGAAUUGCCGACAAAGACGCACUUUUCGUCUUGACGUACGGUAUUAUCAUGCUGAAUACUGACAUGUACAACCCUAAUAUAAGACCACAAAACCGCAUGACCUACACGGAUUUCGCAAGGAAUUUACGUGGUGUAAACGCCGGAGGUGAUUUCACGCCCGAAUUCCUCCAGGAAAUCUACGACUCCAUUAAACAGAAUGAGAUUAUUUUGCCGGAUGAGCAUGAAAACCAGCACGCUUUUGAUUAUGCGUGGCGGGAGCUAUUGCUCAAGUCAUCUUCUGCUGGAGAGCUCGUGACUGGGGAGACUAACGCCUUCGAUUCGGAAAUGUUCGAAGCUACCUGGAAACCUGUGAUCGCGACUCUUUCCUAUGUGUUCAUGUCCGCUUCAGAUGACGCCGUGUACUCUCGAGUUGUGAUGGGAUUCGAUCAGUGCGCCCAGAUUGCUGCGCGGUACGGCUUGACUGAAGCAUUUGACCGUAUCGUUUUCUGUCUCUCUUCUAUCAGCACUCUUGCUACUGAAAAGCCACCGAGUACUUCCCUCAACACCGAAGUGCAGGCUGGGCAGAGGAGCGUAAUGGUAAGCGAGUUGGCUGUAAAAUUCGGAAGGGAUUUCAGAGCCCAGCUAGCCACAGUGGUUCUCUUCCGAAUUCUGGCGGGCAAUGAGUCUGUGGUCAAGCAGGGCUGGAAGCACGUUAUUCAGAUUCUCAGCAAUCUAUUUAUCAACUCCCUCAUCCCGCCGUUCGAUAGCACGCUUACUUCUGAGCUCGACAUACCCCCAAUCCCGCUACAGCCCCCGUCGCAAGUGGUGGACCGUGAUGGUCGUGCAGGAGUAGAAACAGGCCUGUUGUCAGCGUUCACAUCAUAUCUUUCAAGCUAUGCUGCCGAUGAUCCUCCUGAGCCAUCGGACGAAGAACUUGACAAUACCCUUUGCACUGUGGAUUGCGUCACGGCAUGCUCUAUCCAAGAUGUCUUGAACAACAUCAAGUCUCUCCCUUUGGCGUCUGCUUCAGACUUGGUGGGGUCACUGUUGGCUCAAUUGCCAGAGGAAUCUGCACCAGCGGUCAUUGUCGUGAAGCCCGAGCGGCCUGCUACCUCGAGGCCCCCCGGUGGCAAGGCUGGCCCGAAUACGCCAAAAUAUGAUCCGGGAAUGAUUUUCCUAUUGGAGUUGGCCACAAUUAUUACCCUCCGGAACAACGAGACUUUGGAAACCCUUGGCGAGACUCUUUCUACCUCUUUGCAGACAUUUGUCCGUGAUGCCAAGAAUAUCCACUCUCUGGCCCUGUCCCGUAUUAUCUAUUACUUACUCAAUCUGCUGCGGCUGAGCCAUGACCAAUCUUUCAUGCGGGUACCUGUUAUUCUCCAUGGAAUAUCCAGUUUUGACCAAGAUGUCCUGGAGAGUGUGGCUAUACCUACGGUCAAUGGUCUCUCACGAUGUGUCACUAACCCAGGGCUAUUGCGGAACGAGAUUACCAUCUCGCCAGAUUUCUGGUCGGUAUUGCAGAGCUUGCACCAUCAUGCGGAAGCCGGGCCCCUGGUGUUCGAGCUUCUUCAAACCAUUGUAGAUUCCUCUCCCCCUAUCAUUACCGCAGACAACUAUGAGUCUGCUAUUGCCCUUGCAAACGAUUUCAUCAGUGCUGGUAAAGUGGGGUCGAUUGAUGAGCGGCAGAGAGACGCUGUCUCCCGACGCUCUAAGGGCGUUAAGCAGCCAAAGCCGAGUGAGAAUCAGGUGGUUGUUCGUGGCGUGAAAGCAAUUGGUCUUAUUUACCAUCUGACCCGACGGGUUCCGACUCUUAUCAAGCAAUCCCACCUAGAAGCGAAUGAAGCCUGGUCUGCUUAUUGGUCACCUAUAUUCCAUUCUUUAACAUCCCAAUGCAUCAACCCUUGCCGAGACAUCCGACACCAUGCCAUUUCCACACUGCAGCGGUCUCUUCUCUCGGCUGAGCUCAUCGCGAGCGAUGACAAUGAGUGGACUGCCAUUUUCGACCAAGUGCUUUUCCCGCUUGUGCUACGCUUGUUGAAGCCCGAAAUCUACCACUCUGACCCACUCGGUAUGAGCGAGACCCGGGUUCAGGCAGCGACUUUGGUUUGCAAGAUCUUCCUUCGUUAUUUGGAUCAAUUACCAAACCGGGAUGGAAUGCUGGAUCUCUGGCUCAAGAUCCUCGAUAUUCUCGACCGAAUGAUGAACAGUGGUCAGGGAGACAGUCUGGCGGAGGCCAUUCCUGAAAGUCUUAAAAAUAUCAUGUUGGUCAUGGCCGAUGGAGGCUAUUUGGUGCCCCCAUCUCAGGAUGCCAGCAAGGAGCCAAUCUGGUCGGAGACCAAAAAACGCCUGGAACGAUUCCUUCCCGACCUAUUCCUGGAAAUCUUCCCAGAUGCAGCCAACGAAAAGUCCGCGCCAGUUUCUGUGAUUUCAUCUCCAAAACGGACAUCCGCUGAAGUUCCGGUUGAUGAUGACACCAAACCCCAGGAGGAACAGCCAGCUGAGACCGAGACCGAGCCCGCUACUGAAAAGCCCACCACUCCUGAUGCAUGA